UAAUAAAAUAAAAUAAAAAGAGGAAGAAAAAGUCCACGGAAUUGAAAGCAAAAUUACCUUGUAUGUUCCAAAACGUGUGGUAAGAUCGCGAAAAUUGACAAUGUAAGUUUGACCAAGUUUUCCUUCCAAUGAAAACCAAACCCAGAAGUAAUGAAGAGUAAAUCAGGUUUUGUAUGAAAAUGGAGUUUUUCAAAAGAGCCAAGGUGUUUCGGCUAAAAUGCAGCCACCAUAGCAAGUACCUGACAGCCGAUGAAGACGAUGAAAGAAUCAAACAAAGCCGUGAAAACUCAUCCAAAAAAGCCCGUUGGGUCUAUGAGGCUGUUGAGGGAAAAGACAAUGUCCUCCGUCUCAGGAACAGCUGGAGCCACAGGUACUUAACUGCAACUGAUGAUCCAUUCUUGCUGGGAAUGACAGGAAAAAAGGUUAUACAGACCAUUAGCCAGGGUCCCAUAUCAGAGUGGGAGCCUAUCAAAGAUGGAUCUUAUAUCAAACUUAAGAGUCAUACAGGUAGUUUUCUAAGAGCCAAUCCUAGGGUUCCUCCUUGGAGGAAUUCUGUUACCCAUGAUGAGCCGGGAAAUUGGGCCGUUACUGAUCACAUGAUCUUGUGGAUCGUUGAUAUUGUUGAGAUUGAUUAUCAGUCACCUGGCCCGGAUGUUGGUGCUUUUACUGGAUUAAUGGAAGAGGAUAGGAUCAGCGUUGCUUCUUCCAUAUCAAGUGAUGUACCAGAUCACAAACCUAUGCAUUCUGGGUUGGAAGUUCAACUUGAUGACGCCAAACAUGAAGGAAAAAGCUCAGGGAUUUCUCUGGAAUCUACCUCAAAACACUUUCAUGCAGUUGAAGUCGCAAUGGCUAAGCAAACUCUUAAAGAACUAAAAGACUUGGAUUUCCAUGCCAUCCUAUCUUCAGAAAGAGGCGAAAAGCUGGAAAAAGUCUUAAAGGUGCUUAUUGCUGAUGCAGAAUCCCAAGGCAUAAUCCCUAGUGAGUUAAUCAAUUUACAAGAGCAUCUUAAGGUGAUGAAGAAUGAACAUGAAUCGGCCUCCAAGGAUUUGACUGAAUAUAACAGUUUCUCUAGUAGAAAAUUGAAGAUAAUGGCUCAACUUAAGAAGGAUGCUGCUGAAGCUCGUGAGUUAGAGACUCUUCAAGUGGAGUUAGAAAUUGCAAGAAACGCAAGAGAGGAGUUGUUGAAACAACUUGAAGAAAUUGAUAAUAUCAUUAAGGAUGUGCAGAAAGCUCAAGCUGAUAAUUUGGAUGAUGUUGAAGACCUGAUAUCAAGAAUGGGACAGAAGAGCCAGAAACUUCAGGAGAUGAAAAUCGAGGAGGAAACAUGGCAGCUCAGGAAAACUGAGGCCAACAGAAUGCUGGAAAGAGUAGAGGAAGACUGGAUCAAGGUUAAAUUAAUGUUUCCUGAUGAUUGAUCAUGCAUUUUGGCCUACUAAGUCUCUGGAAAUGGCAUAUGUACCCAACUUUUUGAUACUUCUGAGUUCUCAACGUAUUACACCAUUCUUUGUUAACAGUUCUGUAUCAUAGCUGCCAUUUGUACAUGUUAAUAACAAACUACUUCAUUCUAUUUUCAUAUGCAA